GAGGAGGAGGAGGAGGGGGAAGGGGGAGGCGAGGGAGAUAACAGCAGGCGGCACCCAGAAAAGAUACCCUUCCGGCUGACGCGCAUGCUUCUGAACGCCUUGGAGGUCUCCGGCGUCGAGGGCAACUAUCGGUACACUUGUGAGCUUGUCAUGCGGCUGCUCAGGGGCAACAAGGACGCCGUCAUGGCGAUGCUCGAGGCGUUCGUGUUCGACCCGCUGAUCACCUGGAGGCUGCUGCCGCCAGGCCACGCCGGCCGGGUCCAGGUCGGCGGGCCACCUGGCGCGGGGCAGCCGAUCAGCGCCCAUUGCGGGGGCCGUGCGCCUCUCGCCCCUGCAGACGCACGACGAGACCAGCUCCCGGUCCACGAGCAUCCCGUCCCCGACGGCCCCGCCCGGCGGGCCCCGGCCGCCACCGGCGGCGGUGGCGGCAGCCCGCCAGGCGCCCUGGGCCGCCGCCGCCAGGCAGCAUUCACCACCACUUCGUGCUGGACGCGCCCGACGGCGCCGAGCGGGACCCGCACCUCGCGUCGGUGCGGGGCCGCCAGGCGCGGCAGCGGGAGCUCGAGGAGCUCGGCCCAGAGGGCGCCUUGGCCGACCCCGAGAAGGUGUCCUCCGCCGCGCGCAGCGUCAUCAGCCGCGUGUACUCCAAGCUCAACGGCACGGACUUCCGCACCGAGGUCCUGGACGUGGAGGCGCAGGUGGAGCGGCUGCUGCAGGAGGCGACGUCGCACGAGAACCUCAGCCAGUGCUACGUGGGGUGGUGCCCAUUCUGGUGACGCUGGAGCGGCGCACCACCCGCGCCCGGAGGAGCCGGGGAGCUUGAGCGAGCAGGAGAAGGCGCAGGGAGCGGAGGAGCAGGCGCGCGGCGCGGAGGCGCGGCGGCGCGGGCCGCGCGGGCCUCCCGGCGGGGCGACGGGGCCGCGGGAGGAAGCCUAG